CGGGUGCCGAGGCCACCGCGGCGUCGGGAGGAGCGAGGCGCACCGGGGCCCCGGAGCUGCCAGGGCGGCGGCGCCCCGUUUCCGUGCCCCACGCCCCGCCCCUCACCUGGCCCAGUGUCCCCUGCGGGGAAGGUGCCAGCAUGGCAGACAGCGCCAGCCACCUGCCCUUCUUCUUCGGCAACAUCACCCGGGAGGAGGCAGAGGACUACCUGGUCCAGGGCGGCAUGAGCGACGGGCUCUACCUGCUGCGCCAGAGCCGCAGCUACCUGGGCGGCUACGCGCUGUCGGUGGCGUAUGCCAGGACUGCUCACCACUACACCAUCGAGCGCGAGCUCAAUGGCACCUACGCCAUCUCGGGCGGCAGGACCCACAGCAGCCCGGCCGAGCUCUGCCACUACCACUCCCAGGAGUCGGACGGGCUCGUGUGCCUUCUGCAGAAGCCCUUCAACCGGCCCUCGGGUGUGCAGCCCAAGACUGGCCCCUUCGAGGACCUGAAGGAGAACCUCAUCCGGGAAUACGUGAAGCAGACGUGGAACUUGCAGGGCCAAGCACUGGAGCAGGCCAUCAUCAGCCAGAAGCCGCAGCUGGAGAAGCUCAUUGCUACCACAGCCCAUGAGAAAAUGCCCUGGUUCCACGGAAAAAUCUCCCGGGAUGAAUCUGAGCAAAUUGUCCUGAUAGGAUCAAAGACAGAUGGAAAAUUCCUGAUCAGGGCCAGGGACAGCAGCGGCUCCUACGCCCUGUGCCUGCUGCACGAGGGGAAGGUCCUGCACUACCGUAUCGACAAGGACAAGACGGGGAAGCUCUCCAUCCCUGCCGGCAAGAAGUUCGACACGCUCUGGCAGCUAGUGGAGCAUUAUUCUUAUAAAGCAGAUGGUUUGUUGAGAGUUCUUACAGUUCCAUGUCAAAAGAUUGGCGGGCAAACAGGGAAUGUUAACUUUGGAACUCGUCCCCAACUCCCAAGUUUACAUCCCGCGAGUUGGUCAGCAGGUGGAAUAAUCUCAAGAAUCAGAUCCUACUCCUUCCCCAAGCCGGGCCAGAGAAAGCCCUCCUCCUCCUCGCCCUCCUCCUCCUCCUCCCAAGGGAACCGGACAGAAAGCACCUUCAACCCCUAUGAGCCAGACCGAGGGCCUUGGGCCACAGAACGAGAGGCACAGAGGGAAGCUUUGCCCAUGGACACGGAAGUCUAUGAAAGCCCGUACGCGGACCCCGAGGAGAUCCGCCCCAAGGAAGUUUACCUGGACAGGAAGCUGCUGACCCUGGAGGACAAGGAACUGGGCUCUGGAAACUUUGGGACCGUGAAGAAGGGCUACUACCAGAUGAAGAAAGUCGUGAAAACAGUUGCUGUGAAAAUACUGAAAAAUGAGGCCAAUGACCCCGCUCUGAAAGACGAACUGCUGGCGGAAGCCAACGUCAUGCAGCAACUGGACAACCCUUACAUCGUGCGCAUGAUCGGCAUCUGCGAGGCCGAGUCCUGGAUGCUGGUGAUGGAGAUGGCGGAGCUGGGGCCACUCAACAAGUACCUACAGCAGAACAGGCAGGUCAAGGAUAAGAACAUCAUAGAACUGGUUCAUCAGGUUGCUAUGGGGAUGAAGUAUUUGGAGGAGUGUAACUUUGUGCACAGAGAUUUGGCUGCAAGAAAUGUACUGCUGGUCACUCAACAUUAUGCCAAGAUCAGUGAUUUUGGACUCUCCAAAGCACUUCGUGCUGAUGAAAACUACUACAAGGCACAGACCCACGGCAAGUGGCCCGUGAAGUGGUACGCACCAGAGUGCAUCAACUACUACAAGUUCUCCAGCAAGAGCGAUGUCUGGAGCUUUGGGGUGCUGAUGUGGGAAGCAUUUUCCUACGGACAGAAGCCAUAUCGGGGAAUGAAAGGAAGUGAAGUUUCUGCCAUGCUGGAGAAAGGAGAGAGAAUGGGCUGCCCUGCCGGGUGUCCGAGGGAGAUGUACGAUCUGAUGAACCUGUGCUGGACAUAUGAGGUGGAGAACAGACCCGGUUUUGUAGCAGUGGAACUGCGGCUGCGCAAUUACUACUACGACGUGGUCAACUAAGACUCACCCCCCACCCCGCCUGCCUUGGCUGCCACCAGCCAGCAAGGACAAUAUUCCAGUGCACGGAUUUCUGGGUCUCCAUCACUCUCUGCCCCUGCGGGAGAGCCUGCCCUGCACGGACUUUCCUCUGGCUCUUAUUCCCCAAAGUGUUGGAACACAUCAGAACUCCUGAAACACGCCGUCCAUAGAGCCAACCUGCCCAGAUGAGCCAUAGGAAGUAAGAAGAACAACCAAAGCAAAAGCCGUAUGUUCCUUCUUGGCCUCUCUGGGACAGGCAUUGCCUGCCAUGCAGCUCCCCAGCCCGAGGCUGCCUGGGGCCCUGACGCCCAGGCCUGGAGACAUCGCCACCUUUGGGGAGCAGGAAGCAAGAAGAGAAAGGGGCUCCUGAGCAUGUCACCUACAAACCACAGGACUGAUGCCUGACAUGGGAAAGAUUUUUCCUGGUGUUGAAAGGGCUUUCAGGCUUAAAUAGGUAACCAGUGAACGCGGGAUGGAAACUCUGGCUGGAAGACUACUGCUGUGUUUGCUCUGUUGGUUCUGAGUUAGGAGGGGACCCUUAGAAUGAUCCGGAAUGAUUUAUGCCUCUGGAAAGCCUCUCUCCUGUACACUCUACAGGAGUGGAGACAGGAAAUGAAGUUCCUUAUGGGACCACCAGGGGGAGGAGGGCUGCCCGCUCGCCCCCAGCCUGACAGGCAGCAGGGAGAGGAGCACUGCCAUCUGUGUACUGUGCCUGUGCUAAAGAGAAAGUGGAACCAGAAGUCCCUCUCCUGGUAUUCAGAGCAGGGGGCAACUGGGUGGGCAAGCCAGCUGAAGGUAGGUUUCUAAAGCAUUCACUCAGAACAAGUCCUCACGCCCUGACCUCCGCCCCAACCUGGCCUUGCUGAGUUGGACCUUGGGUUGGAGAUACCGACCUGAGAUUGCAGCGCGAGUCCCCAGCUGAUCCUGGGCUGGUGUCAACCCGAUACACAUCACCUUCCUGUUCACGGCAGUCUUGCUCUGGCCUUGCAAAGUUAAAGAGCUCUUUAGCAUUAUUCUAAGGUUUGUUGACACCCAUAAAUUUAGAUGGGCUCCUCAAUAAUUGCACUUGUGACAUUUUUCACUUGACAGAGGGUAGAGAUUUUACUCACAAUAAAGCCAGGAUUGGAGAAACCAAGAGACAUGAGUCACUGGAAGAAUGUAUUUUGAUAAUAUUUUAGAAGCCAGCCUGUGGGCAGAGCUCAAAGGUCUGGAAUGCUUUAUGUUUCCUCACUUACGCAGACAGCAUCCUGAGUACCACUCGAGAAGAACUCUGAGCACCAAGGUGGAAAUAGUUCCUGAGCAUCUCUGGGCCUGGU